GUUUGAAUGCUGUUAUAAAGACAGUUAAAUGCCUUGUUGAUACACAGAUUAAAGAAAACAUUCAAAAGUCUGAAAAAAAAGCUUCCUGGUAUCCCGCCAAAAACAUGUAUCCUUCAAUAUUACAUUCUCAACUUACAAUGAGAAAUACUCUUCUAUUUUUUCUCAAUCCAGAAUUAAAAUUGAGAUGGUUACUUUAUGAUCAUAUAGUUUCUUAA